UUGACUCCUGGAGUCCUCCUUGAUGUCUCUUUACACCCCAUAUUCAAUUCUGCCUUCAAAAUACUUAUGAUCACUCAUGAGACGGAACACAGCUCCUUGCCAGCAAUGGAACAAAGCUGGACGGAGAAUGACUUUGACGUGCUGAGAGAAGAAGGUUCCAGAUGAUCAAACUUCUCCGAGCUAAAGGAGGAAGUUUGAACUGUUAAAAGUGAAGGCCAUGGAGUGUGACAACCUGUGUUCUAGUUCUAAAAGCUGGGUGAUGUUGAACAAAUUUAUUAUUGCCUGCGUGCCUCAAGUUUCCUCACCUGUAAAAAAAGGUUAAUGGUAGUGCUAAUUUCCUGGGGCCAGACUGAUGAAUUAAUAAGGUAACUGACAUAAAAUGCUUGGCACAGUCUCUGGAGCACAGGACAUCUACAAUAAACACAGCAGCUACUACCCUUCAUGUCAUCUAGAGACUAGUUUCUUGUUUUAAAGUGUAAUUUGGCAUCGAUUAACAUGAUUCUAUCAUUUUUAUGUUCAUUUCUGUGACUGUGGAGAAGGAGGUGAUUAUUUCACCCAUUGUGCAUCUGCCACAUUGAAACAGAAAUUUGGGUGGAAAUGUGAUGACUUUUACGAUUUCAUUUGACAAUUACUCAUGAUAGGUGAAGGAUUACAAGCUCAGCAUGGGAAAGAGAGGUUUCCAGACAGGUCUUUCUUAGUCAUAGAUGAUGCAGGAGAAACCAUUUCUCCUACCAAGGAAGUUUUUCUGAAGCACAAGCAUAUCAGGAAAGCAGUGUACUCUUCCUGUACACAAAUGUAAUUAUAGCCACAAUUUUUUGGUUAUAAUUAAAUAUGAAUCAAGCCUUCUGUAUGGUUUAUAUUACUCUUACCACAUCACUACAAAGUGCAUGUUAUAACUUCCAUUUACAUGUAAUUAAGUUAGGGCUUAGAGAAGUCAAGUGUCUUGCUGAAAGUCACGCAGCCGGAGAUUGUAAGAAAAGGAAUUCAUCUACCGAUUGACAAAAAGCAGGGUGAAGAGGAUCCAGAGGGAGUGAUUGAUCUCAGAGUGUCAGAGGUAGACCAAGUAUACCAUAUAAGCUGGGUCCCAGAAGUCCUGGGAAGCUGAGAGAAGGCCACUAGUGGGAAACUCAGCAUGCAGGAGGAAUGCAUUUAAAAGCAAUAUUUGAGUUCCCUCUUCACCUGGCACCAUGCGUAUCAAUAAUAACCUACUGAAUCUCAGGGAUGUAUAGUCAUUAUCUCUUUUGAUGUUCACCAGAACAUGGCAGUGAUACUUAUUAUCCCAAGGUUAGAAGGCAAAACUGAACCUAGGUAGGCCCAGUAACUUCCCCAACUCCUUAACACAUCUUCUUAGCCAGGGUACUUAUUCUCCCGCCCUCCUCAGUUCCCAUCUGAACACAGUGAUGAAUGGAAUAGGAGUUCUGUGUGCAGAGCAAAGAGUAUUGAAAUUGAUGUGACUGCCCCAGGAAUCUGCCCUCCAUAUUCUCCCCCAUAAUAAGCUUAUACCCUCUCCAUAACCCAUAAUCCCCACCUCACCCCACAAAACAGAUCCUUAUUACCCUAAGCCCACUUCCUCUCCUGGAAGAAGUCAGGAAGUAAUUCCUUCUUCUGGAUGCAGGCACAUGAAAGUGCUAAGGUCCACAUGAAACUAAACUGGGGCAAAGUUUUGCCAGUUAUAUUGAUAAACGUUUGGAGUAGGGAACCAUUUCAAGAGCAGACCUUAUUCCUCUCCAACAUUGAGCAGGUCCUGUCAUCCCUCCUCCUGUCCCCAAAUGAGUAGCAUGUGGUUGAGGCUGGUGCAGAGUGAGACCACAAGCCAACCACAUCCUGGGGUCUUGAGAUGGAGAGUUUAGGUAACAUUUCAUAACCACAGGUCCUUCUUAGCUGAAGAGCACCAAAUGGCAAAUCACCAAGAAGACAUAAAGAUGGGGUGAGGAGCCAUGUGGAAGGAAAUCAGACCCCAAGUGGGAAGGAGGCAUUAUCUCUGCUAAGCCUGUCUGAUUCUCCUGAAAUGGAGCGUGAAUAACUGCUUGCAUUGUAGCUGCUUGCUGUGCCUUUUUUCUAUUUCACAACCGAGAAGCAGGUUACUGCCUCACUCCAUCACAGCCACUUCCUCUUGAACCAAGGGAGGCAAGGCUUGUCUUCUCUCCUCAGAGGCGAGUCUGCGAUCUUCCCAGUACAGAAGUUUGGACAGAGCAGACUCCUAAGGUCUCCAGAAUGCCCAUCCCAGCCUCCUGGCCCCACCUUCCUGGUCCUUUCCUGCUGAUGAAUCUACUGUUGGGGGGACUACCAGGAGUGUUGGGUGAGGAGGAGCUGCAGGUGAUUCAGCCUGAGAAGUCCGUGUCAGUCACAGCUGGAGAGUCGGCUACUCUGAACUGCACUGUGACCUCCCUGAUCCCUGUGGGGCCCAUCAUGUGGUUCAGAGGAGCUGGACCAGGCCGGGAAUUAAUCUACAAUCUGAAAGAAGGCCACUUUCCCCGGGUAACACCUGUUUCAGAGUCCACAAAGAGAAACAACCUGGACUUUUCCAUCCGCAUCAGUAACAUCACCCCAGCAGAUGCCGGCACCUACUACUGUGUGAAGUUCCGGAAAGGGAGCCCCGAUGUGGAGUUGAAGUCUGGAGCAGGAACUGAGCUGUCUGUGCGUGCCAAACCCUCUGCCCCUGUGGUAUCAGGCCCCACAGCGAGGGCCACAGCUGAGCACACAGUGAGCUUCACCUGCGAGUCCCACGGCUUCUCUCCCAAAGACAUCACCCUGAAAUGGUUCAAAAAUGGGAAUGAGCUCUCAGACUUCCAGACCAGUGUGGACCCCGCAGGAAAGAGCGUGUCCUACAGCAUCCGCAGCACAGCCAGGGUGGUGCUGACCCGCAGAGACGUUCACUCUCAAGUCAUCUGCGAGGUGGCCCAUGUCACCUUGCAGGGGGACCCUCUUCGUGGGACUGCCAACUUGUCUGAGGCCAUCCGAGUUCCACCCACCUUGGAGGUUUUCCAACGGCCCAUGAGGGCAGAGAACCAGGCGAACGUCACCUGCCAAGUGAGGAAAUUCUACCCCCAGAGACUACUGCUGACCUGGCUGGAGAAUGGAAAUGUAUAUCAGACAGAAACAGCUUCGACCCUCACAGAGAACAAGGAUGGUACCUACAACUGGACGAGCUGGCUCCUGGUGAACACCUGUGCCCACAGGGAUGGUGUGGUGCUCACCUGCCAGGUGGAACAUGAUGGGCAGCCAGCAGUCAGCAAAAGCCAUACCCUGGAGAUCUCAGCCCACCAGAAAGAACAGUGCUCGGAUACCACUUCUGGCCCAGUGCUGGCUCCCACUGCUCCACUUCUCAUAGCUGUCCUCCUGGGCCCCAAGGUGCUGCUGGUGGUUGGUGUCUCUGUCAUCUAUGUCUACUGGAAGCAGAAGGCCUGACUCUCCUUCCCUCCUCCCCUGCCGCAUGGGACCCCCAGUCUCUGCUGCCUCCUUCCUUCCUUGAAGGGCUCUGACUGAGAGAAGGGGCUGGUGAGAAGCUUCCCCAGACUCAGCUCCAAACGCCUCCCCUCCCAGGACAUCUUACUGCCCACAGGUUCCUGUUGCUCCUUUGCAGAGUCCUUGAUUCUCCAGAGCAGUCUUCAUUCAUGGUCCUGAGCAGAAGCCAUGGCAUGGGGCUCUGGGGAGUGACUCAUGACACCUCCCUAGGAUGUGGGAAACACGCCAAAUCUAAACCCAUCAGGACACCUCUCCUCCAUCGUCUUGGACUGUCCAUAAGCCACAAACUGCAGUUCAGAUUCUCAAGAGUUAUUCUGCCUUCUGGAUUCCUGCCUACCCAAUUACCCAGCCUUGUUGAGAUUCUCUAUUGCCUCCUGAAUACAAAUUAACACUCAUCCUGGUUUUAAGGAGAAAAAAUGAUUCUCCUUCCUCUUUGUUUAAACAUAUGAUAUAGUUUGGAUAUUUUUCUCCUACAAAUCUCGAUGUGAAAUUUCAUCCCCUAUGUGGGAGGUGGGGUCAGGUGGGAGGUGUUUGGGUCAUGGGGAUGGAAUCACCAUGAAUGACUUGGUGCUAUCUUGGUCUAUUAGUACCCACAAGAUCUGACUGUUUAAAAGUGCCUAGCAGCUCCCUCUUCUCUCUUUCUCUUCCUCUCUCCCCAUGUUAUGCCAACUUCACUUCACUGUCCACUGUGAGUAGAAGCACUCUGAGGCCCUCCUCAGCAGCAGAUGCAAGUACCAUGCUUCUUGUACAGUCUGCAGAACCAAAAGCCAAAUAAACCUCUUCUUUAUAAAUUA